AUGACGGCGCACAACCAGGGCGAGGGAGGGGCACCACCACCACUAACCCAAGCAUCGCCAUCCCCCAGCAACGCCGACAAGCCACCCGCCAAGCUGUAUCACGAACACCGCGGCGAACCGCUUGAAGGCGCCGCUCUCCAAGAAUGUAUCGAAGCCCUCGUCGACGGAUGGACGACCUGCGUCGAUGAGCUCUCCCAGCUCCAUACAAAGGCCGAGUCAGCUUCCAAGCCCAUCCGCGGCCUCUACACCCUCCUCAAAGUCCAGCAACGCACCCUCGACAAGGUCAAAGCCAAGAAAGCGUCGCAACCGUCCCCUCCUCCUCCUCCCUCGACAGACGAACAUGGCACCGAACCAAAACCACUCUUCACCCCCGCCCAGUACUUUGGCAUGCGCAGUUGCUGCUGGGACGACAGGUGGUCCGUCAUCAAAAAGUGUCGCGGCCUCGUCGCCAUCAAUAAGGAGUUUGCCCGGAGCCCGAAGCAGCCGGUUCCUGCGGGAAAAGGGUGGUUGGCAUACAAAGAUAACCCUCUGCUGGAGAGGCCGAUUGUUGUUGACGCCGUCAUCGAUAGCGGGGCGACGUGGUUGAAAUUUGUUUCCAUCUCGCCCAAGACGCUCGCUUACCAAAUCGCCGUGGAUGGAUGGGAGACUGAUGAGGAAGAGGAGGAUGAUGAUCCAGCAUACAGCGAUGAUGGCGAGGACCAAUACAAUGGAAAUGGAAACGGAGUCGCGGGGAGAAAUGGCAUCCAAGAAGCGCUGGGGAAUACCGAGUUCGCCGAGUCCAUCAAGAAGGUCAUCCUGGCUGCGAGAUGGAACCACUGCCAUCAUGUUCACCUCCUUCUUCCGGGCCUGCGCGAUGGCGAGUCCGAGCCCGCCGACAGAAUGCUACGCUACAUCCGCGAAAAGAUUGGUGGCGACGACGUUUCUGUUACCGUGAGCUGCGCCAACAGCCCCCUCCUCGCCGACACGCCACCACCACCACUUGACACCGCUUUGGCCGCCCUCAUCGACGAACGCGACCCCCUCGUCGCCGAUGAUUGCGGCCGCAUCACAUCCACUGCGAACCUCGAUCCGAGCGUGUUAGUGUCACUGGUGACAGAUUUACAUCAUGGCCUUGUCGAUUUGCAGCCCGAGUUCCAGCAGAGGGUAGUUGCCCGGUCGGUAUUGGACCACACGACGGACAGUAAUGAGCUGGUGCCGCGUGAGGAUAUCCUCGCCAAGGUCUUGUACCCUGCGCUGAGGGGAAGAAAGCUGGUGACAACGCGUCUGGCUGCUCAGUACUUCCGGCAACUGAUUGCGUCGAUCUCUACACACUCGGAAGAAGUGCGCGCUUCUUUCAUUUUGCCUCCUGAUGCGCCACCCGCUCUGCUUAGUCCUGAGGGAAGCUCCGAACCCCUCUCAACAACCAGUCUCACCCCCGAACAACGUCGGGCUGAACUGCAGAGGUGGUCCGCCGUCCCUAUCCCCGAUGAUCUUCACCUCCCUGUUGAAAUCGUGGACGACAUUGAACUGGAACAAGUUUCCCCACUCAUCGCAGAGGGCAAGCUCCCGCCCAUGGCCCUCGGCGUUGCCCAAGAUUUGUCGAGGCUGAACCGCUCCGUCUAUCUCUACGGGUGGAUAAAUCGCCUAACGACAAUCACUGGCCACCGCGGCAUCGAGCGCCAGAUCUACCUUUCACUAGCCACGCAUUGGACACCGCCGGCCACCGGCAAUUACCGUGCAAGCGAAAGCGACGCAAAAAACAACGAGAUCCCUCCAGAUAUCUGGCACCGUCACCUAGGAGGUUAUUUGAUUCACAGAGACAAGCCACGGGACUGGAAAGCGUUGAUUGCCGAGUACGAAGAAUGCAAGGACGGAAAGAUACCCUCUGAGGUGCAAAGGUGGACAAACCCGUGGACAACGUGGGGGAGAGGUAUCAGCACAUAUGGAUUGCCGGAUACCAAGACGUGGGAGGGGGUCGGGCAUGCGGAUAAGCAGAGUUUUGGACGGAAGCUGCAGACGAGGGAAGCAAGGGGGCAGCGGAAUCCUGGGGGUAGGGACGUCGAUGAUCAGGAAGGGGAGGAGCAGGACAUGGAUGAAGAGGAGGAGGAGGAGCAGUCGUAA